AUGUGCUCUAGAGGAGGAGCCUGGGGAGGAGGGGAGGCGGGCUGGCAGCGGGAGGCUGGGGACAAGGCGCUACACCAGGGCAAGAGCGCGCUCCAGAGGGGACAGCACAGUCCUUUGGGGGCAGCCGUCCAUGCGCCACGAGCGGCCAUCGCUGGGGCAGUGUGGAUGCACCCUGAAAAGUCAUCUGGAUCACAAAGCAAUGGCCAGACACCCCCAAAGGAACCGGUGCGCCUGCUGGGCGCCUCGUGCCCAAAGCGGAAGACAGAGCAAACCCAUCACACGCUCCCGUCCAUGUGCACUCGCAAACACAGGCAGUCCGGACACGGGGCAGUCACGAGCCGCAAACAGGAGAGCAAAGGCGGGACCCACAGUCCUGACGGCAUGAGCCCACUGUGGCCCCCUGCGCCUGGCAAGGCAAUAGAGCUCCUCUUCGCCAUUUCACCCAGACUCUGUCUCUGCGCUUCUAUGCGGCACUGGCGCACAGAGGCCGCGUUGCGGCACCGGAAACCACACUCCAAGAAAGGAUUUAAAACCUGGUUUCUUAUAGAGUCAAGGACACGUUUCCAGUGA